ACUGGGGGCGGGGGGGGUGGGGGGAGUGGGGGGGGACGAGGCUGCUCCGGGCUUCCCGGGAGCAGCCUCUCUUCGCUGCUGGUCUGCUCUACAACGCUUCCCCGUGCUUCGCCCCGCCCUCCGGCGGCCGCCGCCCCGAGGCUCUGCCAGGAUCUCAGGCAAGGUCGUGCUGUCAGCACCACAGCAAGAGAAUUGCCAACGGCCACAGAGCCGUUCCAGAAUGACCACUGACACUUGUUAGGAGGCACCACUGAGCCCCACAAGAGUGAGGCAACCCUCCUUCCUCUUACCACUUACUUGAGUGAAUGGCCCCAGACCCUGAGCAGGGAUGGCAUUAGACAGAAGGAAUGGCAGAACCAGUGAAGGUUGUUUCUGCUCAUCUCCCAUAGACAUGCUCUUGUUUGCCUCACUGCUUUCUGGCCUGCUCUGUGGGGUUCAGGGAGAACCAAUUUCGAAGACCCAUCUCCCAAGCAGCAGCUACCUGAGCAUUGGGGAAGACUCAGUUUUGGAGUUUGAAUUCCCAGAGAGAACCAAAGGGAUCAUUGUUGUUUCUAGUCGUUACCCUGGCCAGAAUAACAAAACGGUGUCUGAACCUGUCCUCAGCGUCACCUCUCUGGACACAGAGGUAUUGAGUAUCAAGAAUGUGACUGCCCAGAGCUGGGAUAAUAGCCACUUUGUGGUGAGUAUCCAGUCUGGACUGGCAGGACUAGCACCACUUCAUAUUCAGCUGCUUGACCUCCAGAGAGAUCCUAUGUUGAUUGAGGAACGACUAGAUUUCCUAAUUAAAGUAUCUCCUGUGGACAACGAUGAAGAUGACGAUGCCCGCCAGGGUGGGCUCGGCCGCUUCUCAGAAAGCCCGAUAGUCUACAUGUUGCUUCCGCUCGUCUUUGUCAACAAAUGUGCAUUUGGUUGCAAGGUGGAACUGGAGGGCUUGAAGGGGCUGAUUAAGAGUCCCCACCCCAUGCUGCUGGGUAUCGUGGGCCAGUUUCUACUCAUGCCCCUCUAUGGCUUUUUGAUGGCCAAGGUUUUCACUCUGCCCAAGGCUUUGGCCCUGGGGCUCAUCAUUACCUGUUCCACACCUGGUGGGGGAGGCAGCUACCUUUUUAGCCUGCUUCUUGGUGGGGAUGUGACUCUAGCCAUCUCCAUGACCCUGAUCUCCACGGUGGCAGCCACAGGUUUCAUGCCAUUGUCCUCAGCUAUCUAUGGCCGUCUCCUCAGUGUCCACGAGACCCUGCACAUUCCUUUCUCAAAGAUCCUCUUGACCUUGCUUUUCAUCGCCAUCCCCAUCUCAACAGGCAUGGUAAUCAAGUAUAAAAUGCCCAAGGUCUCCAGAAUUCUGCUCAAGGUCAUCAAGCCCUUUAGUGUUGUCCUCAUCCUAGGGGGGCUCUUCCUGGCCUGCAGGAUGGGGGCCCUCAUUCUGGCUGAUGUCAGGCUUCCGAUUGUGCUUGCAGGCCUCACAGUGCCCCUGGCUGGCCUCCUGGUGGGCCAUGCUCUCGCAGCCUGCCUCAAGCUUUCAGUGCCCUACCAGAGGACAGUCAGCUUUGAAGUGGGCAUACAGAACAGCCUGUUAGCCCUUGCUGUACUUCAGCUGUCCUUCCGUCACCUGCAGGCCGACCAAGCCUCCCAGGCACCAUUCAUUGUGGCCCUCAGCAGCACUUCUGAGAUGCUGGCCCUUGUUAUCGGGCACCUCGCCUACAAUAGUCUCUACUCCACCACCUAAGGCUUGUCCCUUCCCCCUCUGGCCCUCGUCAUAAGUUAUCGGAUACCAAAGGCCUUCAGUCUCUAUGCACUAUACACCCAAAGUCUGGGCUUAUUUUUUUUUACCAAUGUUUUUAUACUCCUGCCAGCUAUGGCCUUCAGUGCCAAGGGGAGGGGUUUGGGGUAGGGAGAUGGAUUCCACCACAUAUUUGAAUAAAGAGAGAACAAAGUUCUGAGCGAUGAAAA